CAGGAGAAUCGCUUGAACCUGGGAGGUGGUGGUUGCGGUGAACCAAGACUGUGCUACUGCACUCCAGCUUGGGUGACAGAGCAAGAUUCCGUCUUAAAAAAAAAAUUGCUAAGAGUUACCGUUAUGACAUGUAAUUGAGACUACUGAAUAGAUUUACAUGCAAUGUGUGUAAAAACAGUAAAAUGUGUUUUUUGUAAAAAAUUAUAAGAAGGCAUGGCAAUGUACGUUUUGCCUAGGGAUAAAGAAUUGUCUUAAAGUAGAUAAAAUACAACUGAAGGUUUAAGCAAACUGGGGAAAAAAUUGUAAGAAUUAAUCUUGCAAAGGAAACUCUGUGUGAAUAUAUUGACUACAUUCAAAAGGGUAUUAUGUGGUUUUCUGUAAAUUGAGCAUUGAAAUAAAAGCACAACAAAGAACUCUUAAUGCACGAAUCUACUCUUUAGCAAAAUUUGUAAAGGGUUAUAAAAGGUUUGUGAAAAUCUCACCUCAUUGUCAAACUGGUUAAGAUUGGAUAGAAUUGCCUAUAAUUGUUUCAUUAAAAAUUGUGGUUGACAUUAAUAGUACACUAAUGUAAGGGUGAAAUUUGGCUUUCUCUCUCUUGAACACAAUUUUCAUGUAAUAGUAAAGGCUAAUGAAAGGUUUUUGCUUUUUCAAAUUUUUGAGUCAUCAUUUUGGCAAAAUAAACAACUUAUAGUAAUCUGGAAUUCUAGUACAUAACAUCAAAUAUUUUAAGCCUGUUAACAUAUUUAACAGGCUUCCACAAAUCAAUUGUCUUUCUUGACACCUACCUUUUGGAUGCUACAGAGGGUCCCUGGGGCAUCCAGAAAAGAGGCAAGCAGGAUUAUUUGACAUGUUUUGUUACAUGGGAUUGCCAAAAUGAUGUCUAAUCUUCUUCAGGUUAUGUUUCAGCAAAUACUAUUAAUAUGUGUUCCAAAACUGCAUGGGAUUUAGAAAACUCUAAUGUGAAAGUAUACGCUAUCAACCACAAUUAAGGUUGUUAUGUUGUUAUUGUAAACCACGGAGAUAACCAAAUUUUUUUUGUCAAUCAUGUUUUUGACUAACCACCCUGGACAUUUUGUCAUUUACAGACAAUUGUUGUCUUGUUUUAAUCCUCUUCAAAAUAUGGUUCAUAAUCAGAUGUAGGAAUACUUUAACAGGUAUUCCUAAAUGCAGGUUUCUGAUAACUGAAAAACAUACAGGACUCAUGAAAAGCUAAAAUGUUUGUAAAUAUCAAGCAGAACAAGAGUUAACAGAAUAGGCUGAACUAAUAGAAAAACUGAAAUAAUUUUUUUGACUUUUGCUUGGAACAUUGCUGAUCCUUGUUUUGUUUUUCAGAGUCAAGGAAACUUCUUUUGAGCUAGCUACAGCCUUUAACAAUUGAGUAAGGUUUACUCCUGAGAACAAAAUUUGGAACAUGUUUGUUUCUCUCUGCCUUAUUGGUUCUUUAAGGACCACUGCAACAUGGUCUUGGGAAUUAUACUUCAAGAAGCCUAUAAGGUUAAAGGGUGUUUAUACUCACAGUGAUAUAGGAAUAGCACUGGGUGGUUGCAGGAGGAUGGAAAAAUUCAAACAACAAAUAAAAACAAGAACUAGGCAAAGAAACCAUAGGAUAAGAGAAAACCCAAAAUAAGAGAAAGAAUGGCCAAAAUCCCAGUCAGGAUGACAUGUCCAUGACUCUUCUGGGCAAACCCAAAUAAGAGAGAAAGGGGGCAGUAACCAGGUGGGUCCCUGAACUUCCCUCCUUUUCCAGAAUACCUAAUAAUUAUUCCACUCUCUAAUUAAAGAAACACCCACAAAAUAGGAAUGCUGUCUGGUCACAGGAGAAGGGGGAAAACAUCAAGCUGUUAAAACUGGCUACCCCAACAAGAAGACUGGGCUGAUGAGACCUUAACAAACAGGAUUGGGGCUAGGCUGUCCCAUGACGCUAGAUUUGACCCAUUUCCUACCCCAGACCUAAUUAUACACUCAUUGCCACAUUAAAUCACACACCCACCAGUGCCAGGCCAAUCCAAGCACGCCCACAUUUAGUAUAAAAAUGGUUGGCACCCCAAUUCUAAGAAAUUCCCACCUUUUCCUAGAAAAACCUCACGAUUAUCCCACCCCCUAAUUAGAAGAGCCCAUAAAAUUAGAAACCCAAACUCCAUUGUGCAUGACCCGCUCUCCCUCGUACGUCCGCACUUCCCUCUUCUCUUGGGAAAAGUACACUCUUCUCAAAAAUGUGUACUUUUUCUUCCCAAUAAAAGCUUCUUGCCUUUGGCUUCAUUUUGACUCAUCCCUGAAUUCUUUCUCACGAUGGUGUCACGAAGCUGGACUCCGGAAGCGGGCGGGGACUCACGGCCCCUGGAGACCUUCCUGAGCCCUGGGCAACACCAGUCCACACAGAGGAGGCAGACGUCCCACAGACGGAACCCCAUGAGCAUGUCCCGGGAAUGGCUCCACGCGGGAAGCGGGGAUCCAGAUCCACGCCAGUCCCAGGGACAGUGCCUGGCGUCAGGGUGGAGGAGGACGCAGUAACCAGGCGUAAGAUUUUACUGGUACAUGGGAAUGUCACUGGGUCACUCAGAGGAGGCAAGCAGGGAACCUCGUGGCAGGGCCCCCUUUAUCAAACUCGUUUACCUGGGUGCCUGGGCGAGUGCUCACAGCCUGCUUGUAGGGACGUUGAGGCAUCCGAAUAAUACGAAGUUUUAAAAAUUUACAAUCCAGUGUGUACACUUGCUCCACUAAGAUCAUCUGAGAUAUACAGAAACAUGGUGUGCAUAAUAAAAAAGGAAAAAGAGCCAAGCCUGGCCUCUUACGGGACAAGACUACAUUAUCUAGAAGGCAGUGGGCCGGCGCAGGAAAAGGCGUGGCAGGCGACCGCGACACAGGGGCGGGACUUCCGGCCUCGCUGGCGUGGACGUUUGUGGUGGGGCGUGUUGGUCCGCACUCUCAGAACUGUGCUGGGAAGGAUGGUAGGGCGACUGGGUCUCACCUCCGCACCGUUGUAGGACCCGGGGUAGGGUUUUGAGCCCGUGGGAGCUGCCCCACGCGGCCUCGUCCUGCCAACGGUCGGAUGGCGGAGACGAAGGACGCAGCGCAGAUGUUGGUGACCUUCAAGGAUGUGGCUGUGACCUUUACCCGGGAGGAGUGGAGACAGCUGGACCUGGCCCAGAGGACCCUGUACCGAGAGGUGAUGCUGGAGACCUGUGGGCUUCUGGUUUCACUAGGGCAUCGGGUUCCCAAACCAGAGUUGGUCCACCUGCUAGAGCAUGGGCAGGAGCUGUGGAUAGUGAAGAGAGGCCUCUCACAUGCUACCUGUGCAGGUGACAGAGCACAAGUUCAUACCAGAGAGCCAACCACUUACCCGCCAGUCUUAUCUGAGCGGGCCUUUCUCCGGGGAAGCCUGACUCUGGAAUCUUCAACCUCAAGUGAUUCGAGGUUGGGGAGAGCUAGGGAUGAGGAAGGGCUUUCGGAAAUGCAGAAAGGUAAAGUGACACCAGAGACAGACCUCCACAAGGAGACCCAUCUUGGGAAAGUGAGCCUUGAAGGUGAAGGUUUGGGGACAGAUGAUGGUCUGCACUCCAGGGCAUUACAAGAGUGGUUAUCGGCAGAUGUUCUCCAUGAAUGUGACUCACAGCAACCAGGGAAAGACGCCUUGAUUCAUGCAGGGACAAACCCCUACAAAUGCAAGCAGUGUGGGAAAGGUUUUAACAGGAAGUGGUAUCUCGUUCGACAUCAGAGGGUUCACACUGGAAUGAAACCCUAUGAAUGCAAUGCGUGUGGGAAAGCCUUUAGCCAGAGCUCAACUCUCAUUCGGCACUACCUCAUCCACACCGGGGAGAAACCAUACAAGUGCCUUGAGUGUGGGAAGGCCUUCAAACGCAGGUCGUACCUCAUGCAGCACCAUCCAAUCCACACUGGAGAGAAACCCUAUGAGUGUAGUCAAUGUCGAAAGGCCUUCACCCACCGGUCUACUUUUAUUCGCCAUAAUAGGACCCACACUGGAGAAAAGCCCUUUGAGUGCAAAGAAUGUGAGAAAGCCUUUAGCAAUAGAGCCCACCUAAUUCAACACUACAUCAUCCACACUGGAGAGAAGCCCUAUGAUUGCAUGGCAUGUGGAAAGGCCUUCAGAUGCAGCUCAGAACUCAUACAGCACCAGCGGAUUCACACUGGGGAGAAGCCCUAUGAAUGCACCCAGUGUGGGAAAGCCUUUCACCGGAGCACGUACCUCAUUCAGCACUCUGUCAUCCACACUGGGGAGAUGCCCUACAAGUGUAUUGAGUGUGGGAAGGCCUUCAAACGCAGGUCACACCUUCUGCAGCACCAAAGGGUCCAUACAUGAGAGAACCCUAUUGUUGCAAUGAAUACAGCAAGGCCUUUACCCACUGUUAUUUUAUCAUUCAUAAUGGGACCCACACUGUAGGAAGAAGUCCUUCGAGUGCAAAGAAUGUCAGGAAACUUUUCAUUUUUUUUUGUCAGCUCUUUCUUAACUAACACAUGAGCAGUCACUUUGGAGAGAAGCCCUGUGAAUACAGUGAAUGUAAGGAUCCCUUCAGUCAUUACUCAGUUCUCACUCAUUGCAGAAGGAUUCAUACCAGGGGGAAAUGUGGAAGGCAUUCCAUCAACAUCAGAGAACUCAUGCUGGAGAAAGACAUUCCAAAUAUAACUAUUAAGGACAUUCUUUGGCCAGAGCAGAAAUCUUACUGUCUGAGAAUCAUAAUGAAAAGUUACUACAUAAUUGUUAUUGAUGUGAGAAAACUUUCUGUGACCAGGUCGUCACUUGCUUGUCCUGUAAAGAGCCAUGCUGGAAUCUGACCCACCUUGGGAUUUUCUCUAUGAACUUAUGAAAACCUUCAGUUACAGGUAUCUUCUUGCUUUAUGUCCUUACAGACUUCCCUGUAAGAUCAGUUUUAUUUUUUGGUAGGGGAAUGUUUGAGAGGUAAAGGGGUUUUAUUCCUUUUUUUUUUUUUUUUUUAACAUACAUUCACUGCCAUCCUUUGUCAGAAUUGGACAGUGAGGGCAGCUCUUCAGACAUUUCUUGGAAGCUGCCUUUGAUCCAGACAUCUCUGGGAGGAUAUCCAUGAGGAGAGUAAUUCUUUGUGAGAAAUAUGAAGGCUUGUGUCAUGAGAUUCUUGAAUUUACAAGAAAUUAGAAUACUGAGAACAUCUUCAUGUGACACUUAUUUUUUAUAUCUAGGGUGAGAAGAACCCAUGUACAGAUGGCCACAUUAAAAUGUGCACCACAUUAAAAUAUGCACCACCUAAGACUGUUUAAGGCUUUGAUUUUUAUUAAUAAACUCAUUAUUUUUUAAGAGACAGGGACUUGCUCUGUCACCCAGGCUAGAGUGCAGUGGUAUGAUCAUAGCUCCCUGUAACCUCGAACUCCUGGGCUCAAAUGGUCCUCUUGCCUCAAGUUUCUGAGUAGCUUGGGAUACAGGCAUACACCACUACGCCUAGCUAACUUUUGUAAUUUUAGUAGAGACAAGGUUUUACCAUGUUGGCUGGGCUGGUCUGGAACUCCCGGCUUCAAGUGAUCCACCUGCCUUGGCCUCCCAAAGUGCUGGGAUUACAGGUGUGAGUCACUGCACCCAGCCUUAAAUUUUUUUGUAUAGAUGAGGUCUUGCUGUGUUCCCCAGAUUUGUCUCAAACUGCUAGACUCAAGUCGUCAUCCUGCUCAGCCUCCUCAAGUGUUGGGAUUACAGGUGUGAGCCACCACACCUAGCCUAAUAUGGUUUCAAAUGCUCAGCACUCUCACAUUUUCCUGAUUCCAUUCCAUUUGUUUGUUGUCUUUAUUUUCUCUGGCAACAUAGUGAUCACUUUGUACUUGCUUGGCCUUCUCAGAUGAGUCCUAAUUCUUUCUGGUGUUUAUCAGAUUCUUUAAUCCUGUGUAGAGGGGUAUUUUUAGGUCCCCCUCAGCAUUUUUCUAGGGAUUAAAUUAUAGCUAAAACAGGCAAAAUAAAACACACAACUAAGAUGAAUCCAUGGUAAACCCAGUAAACCCAAGAAAACAACAUGGAGAGGAAUCUCAUUGUCUGAUCUUAUAAACAUUUGUGUGAAGUUUUGCUACAAAAUAAAGUGCCUAGCAUUUUAACAGGUGAAUCAGGAUAUACGUGGGCAGGUUUACGUGAGUUUCAUAGUUAACCACCAUGACCUUAGUCCCCUGGUGCUAGCACUGAAUAUGGUAAUUAGUUUUGUUGUGUUUUGAGAUGGAGUCUCACUCCGUUGCCUAGGCUGGAGUGCAGGGGUGCGAUCUUGGCUCAUUGCAACCUCUGCCUCCCAGGUUCAAGCGAUUCUCCUGCCUCAGCCUCCCAAGAAGCUGGGAUUACAGGCAUGUACUACCAUGCCCAGCUAAUUUUUGUAUUUUUAGUAGAGACAGGGUUUUGCCAUGUUGCCCAGGCUGGUCUCGAACUCCUGACCUCAGGUGAUCCACCCACCUCAGCCUGCCAAAAAGCUGGGAUUACAGGUGUGAGCCACUGUACUUAGCCUGAAUCUGGUAAUUUGAAAUUCCUUUUGUGAGAUUUUCUUUUAGUUUUCAAGCUACAUGAGAUAAUGUUAGGUUAAAACGUGUGAAAAAUAGAAAAUUAUCAUUUUCUCACUUUGAGCUUUCCUCACAACCUUUUAAAGCACUGCAUAUAUAUUUCAUGUUUUCAUAGUGGGCAUGUACCUUUUGCUGUGGUCCUUUUGCACAUAUUAUAAAUAGAAUUCUUGGUGAGUUAAGAGUUCUCUGUUUUAGUUUUUUCAGGACAGAGUGCACAGUUUCCUCUCCUGUGGGAAGGAGAGUUGACUCUUGAGGACCCCCACCCUCCUGCAUCCUCUCUCUGGAAGGCUGCAUGUAUUGUAGCUGUGGCUGUACUUGUACCUAAGGCCCUGGGUUCAAGAGAGUUGGAGAAAUCCCUCUAGAAACAUAUUGGCUGUCAUCAAAGGGUUCUUUCCAGGCCUGAGGACCUAGGCCCCAGUUUGUCCCAAAGCAGGAGUGUUUUCCAUGGGAUAAAGGACACCCUAGGUUUUUCUUAGCUUCCAGCUCUUUCCAUACAGUCUUCACUCAAGUGUUUGGUACAAGGAUCUACUAUGAACUUGCUGCUGUGAUAGGCAAGAAUCUCAUGAGACACCUGUCAUUUAGCUCCAUGGCCACUCACUGUUGUGGUCAUACUUAGAAGAGUGGGAUGCAGUGGAUGGCUGGGCUAUGGGUCCUGCCCUUGAGCGGGGAAGGAACUUACUGUCUAGUAUAGGAAAAACACAUGAGAACAGGUGCAGUGUAUUAACUUGUUUAGCACCCGUUUUUAAGUCAGUAGAAGUUUUGAACUUACAGUAAAAGUUGUGAACUUCUGUAUGUUUUCCACAAACAGUAUAUGAUUGAGGUAAAACAUGUUUUUUGUUUUGUUUUUGAGACAGAGUUUCACUCUUGUUGCCCAGGCUGGAGUGCAGUGGCGCCAUCUCAGCUCACUGCAACUUCUGCCUCGCGAGUUCAAGGGAUUCUCCUGCCUCAGCCUCCCGAGUAGCUGGGAUUAUAGGCGCCCACCACCAUGCCCGGCUAGUUUUUUUGUAUUUUUAGUAGAGACGGGGUUUCACCAUGUUGGCCAGGCUGGUCUUGAACUCCUGACCUCAGGUAGUCCACCCGCCUCGGCCUCCCGAAGUGCUGCAAUUACAGGCGUGAGCCACUGUGCCCGGCAGAGGUAAAACGUUUUCACGUUCAUGUUUUUGUAACUUUGUUACAUUUAAUGAACAAAUUAGAUAAAAAGCACUAUGCUCUCAUGGUGCUUAAUUUGUGAGAAAUGAUUGUGGGGGUGGGACUAGUUAUGACCAUUCACAGUUGGUGCACUUCAAUCAGUAAAUCUCACAGAGGAAAUGUGGACGGUAAAUUAACUCGGCAAGUCGGUCAUGCAAAGACGAAUUAGAAAUCUUAAUAUUUGUAAGCAGACAAAAAAUGUGUCUGGAAGGGUCCUCACCCAGUUAAAUGGUAUUUGCUCCUUGGGUGUAGAGGGAGGGAAGGGAUGGGGUAGAGGGGAAUGUCAGAGUUCACUUUAACUUUAACUUCAUGCACAUGUGGAAAUGUUUGAAACGUUCACAGUAAAUUUUAUAAUUUCAGAAAAACUGCUUAAGGUUGAAAAGAGAAAUUUAAGAAAUUGCUGACGGAAUAAAAACAUAAUAGAACUAGAACAUUGAAGGAAAUGAAAGAAGCAAGAAGGAAAGCACCAGAAGUGAUUUGGAAGAGAAAUUCUAAAAUGAAUGUGAACAACAGAGUGAUCAGAAGAGUGUAGGGAAUUAAUAGUUUCUUUAAACAAGCCAUCUCACAAUGGAAGCCUGUUUGUCUUGAAAUUGCUGUGGUUAUUAUUCACUCUGCCCUUUGAAGAACUGCAGAAAUUCAUAGGGCAAUGUGAAGUGUUUGUGUCUCCAAAAAAGAUGUUGGAGUCGUUACCCUCAGAACCUCAGGUAAUCAUGUUAGUUAAUCCAUUAGGUUAGUUCCUAAUUGACUAUGACUGUGUCCUUAUAAAAAUGGGAAAUUUGGUCACAGAGGCAGAUGUACAGAGGGAAGACGAUGUGAAGACACAGGAAGAACACCUUCAAGCCAAGGAACACAUGGGGCUACCAGAAGCCGAGAGAGAAGCAUGGAACAUAUGUUCUAGUAAGAAGUGUCUGGGUUGUUUUGGUUUUUUUUCUUUGGAGUUUUUGUGGUAUUAAAUUAUUUUUAAAUUAUGUUUUAUUGUAGACCUCACAAUUCUUUUUUUUUCUUUUUCACUCAAACUACAGCAAAAUAUUGUAUUUCUAUCCUGUAUUUCAUGGGCUUACCUCUAGCCAAUUGUUUUUAACUGCCAUGUAAUAUUUUACAUCAUGAAGCUUUCAUCCUUGAUUCAAAUCCUCUGAUUAUGGACAUGUAUUUCCUCCAUUUUCCUGCUAUGAAAUAUAUCACCACCAGCUUGAUUCAACCUUAAAAAUAAGGUCAUCAGUAUUAUGUUCUAAAUAAACUUAUGGACAUACAUGAGAAAUGUACCUUGCAGCUGAAUGGCUAGGUCAUAUGGUGAUCUAGUAUGUAACUGGAAUUAUGUUACACAUUGCCCUUUCCUCUCCCAUAAGAUGGACAAAAGUGUUUCUGUAUCACUGUGUCCCAGACAAUAUUUAGAAUUACCCAGCUUUCCAGUUUUUAUUUUAGAAGUUUAAAGUGAUAUAGAAUAUAUCUGGUAUUUCUCAUAUUGAAAUACAUUUGAACAUUAGUUCAUAUCCUUUCAUUGCCUUUUGUUUUUCCUCUUCUGUCAAUGGUCUACUCAUAUGUUGGCCUGUCUUUAUUUGUAUCUUGACUUUUUAUUGUGUAUUUUGUUUAUGGUGGGGUACUUUAUUGGUGAUUAAUACGAUUUUCAAGUAUAUUAUAUAGGCUAGUCCCUUGAUACUAUUGACACUGUAUUUAUCUUCAGUCUCUUGUUGGUAUCUAACUUUGGUUCUGAAGUUUAUGGAAUGGAAGUAUUUAAUUGGAAAGAUUAAACAUUGAUUUUAAUUAA